AUGGAGGUGAACGCUAAAAUCUGCUCACCUUGCCACAGCAAAGCGACGAAUUUUGCGAUACUUCUUGUUCUUGCCCUGGCUGCUAUUGCCCGAGCGGAGGAAUUCAAUGGCUAUUUCUAUCCGAAGCCAGGCUGCGGACAGCAGGAAUCCCAAACAGUUUACAUAACACAAACCGUUACGGACUAUCAAGUGCAAACGGAAACUCUCCAGGGAGGAAUCCAUCAUGACGAAAGAGUUACGACACAAUAUUCAUCGAUCUAUGUUACUUCGGCCUAUACCGAAACCGUUCCAGUAUACCAAACCGUGAUCCAAACGAAUACUGUUACGGUACCUGCUCCAGCUCAACGAGACCAAACAAUCUACAAAACGAUCACCUUACCACCAAUUGUAUUAACCUACGUAUCCACUCAAAUCCAGGCUACUCCAGUUUACCAAACCGUUCCAGAUACACAAACCGUGACUUUACCACCUCAGAUUCUUCCAGGUCAAACUAUCACCACAACCAUUUCGCUACCACCAGUCGUCAGGACAUCAACGAUCGUUCAAACGUCUGCGGUGCCCGUUGUGUCUACCAUUCGUGACACAACCACAAUAUUUGUUCCACCAGUAACCCUCCCACCACAGGUCAUCUACUCCACCGUUGAACUGCCAGCUCAGUACAUAACAACAACCUCAUACUACACGACCACCGCACCGGUCAUCCAAACCAUUCAAACCACCAUAACUGCCGCUCCGAUUAUCCAACCAGGACAAACCAUUUACUCCACCAUCACCCAACCUCCUAAGAUCAUCUACUCAACCGUCAACCAACCCGGUCCAGCACCAGUCUACCAAACCGUUACCGAAACCCAAACCAUUCAACUGCCUGGACAAGGACCUGUGUAUCAAACGAUCUACGACACCGUGACACUACCAGGUCAGAUUCAAACUAUUAACAAUGUACUGACAAUGACCCUUCGCGAUGUGCAAUACGUCACUGAAACUGUUACCAAAACGCUACCCGGAGGUCAAAACGAUGCUCAAAUCAUCUACUCAACCGUUCAACUGCCAGAAGUAACUGUAACAUACUGUGGUCCACAAAAUGCCUACCUUCCGCCAGCUGAUGGUAACGCCGCUGGACGUGGAUACAGUGGAUUCGGAGGCUUCAGUCCACGAUUUCAUCGGUUCUUCUAGUUAAAG